AUGAAGUUACUCUUCAUUUUGGCUAUUCUGCUCAUCUUGGGUGGUGUUAACGGUGAUGUUCACGUGGAUGAUACUGAGAAGAUCAUCUCCGGCAUGAUGAUGGACAAGCAGGGCGAUAUUGGCAGUCAUGUGUCCGAAUUUGACCCCAAACAAAGCUCGCCCAACAUCCGUGAUGAUACUUCCUGUGAUAUCUGCCGCUUCUGCGAUGGAGUUUUGUUUAUUCCGCCUGUCUGUUGGCCU